CGCCACGUUAGUCUGCCGGUAACAUUCGUUCGGCCUGCACGUCUUUUACUCGUAUGUUGUCGUCGUCGUCGUCGUCGUCGUUUCGUGCGUUUAGUGACCGUUCGGAAUUCGAAUAAUUUAUAUAAAAUCAUACCGUUUUUCAUCUCUCGCUCCUUUCCUAUCGUCUACUUCGGUUGAACCCGAAUGCGUGUACUGCCGCGAGUGUGUGUCGUGACAAAAAAUUGUAUCGUUGCCUGUGACGUCAUGGAUAAUACUCGAUAACUGCAACUCCCGGAGGACUAGUACAGGUGCAUUACGCAACGGUGGCGGUCUUGACGAGAAGGAUGGAUCGGCGACGGUCUAUAGCUGUGUGGACCCCGCUACUGUUCCUGCUCAUCUUGGACAAAGGACACCGACAUGGCGUUUAUGCCAAACCAGGGCUAUGCGAGAUGGAAACUGGUCAAGGAAACAUUGUGCUGGACAUCGAAGAAAGUCGUGGGUCUCAAAUAAAUCAACCCAUCAAACCAUCCGAAUUACCAAUCAUAGGAGAUCCUUACACUGAAAUCUCUUUGGAUUUACUUUUUCCGACGAGAAAUUCGACGUUCGCGUUAAUCGGAAAACAUAUCCAAUUGACUCAGCCGCUGGACAGAGACGCUGAAAAUUUGUCCCACAUCGUAUUUCAGGUUACAUGCAUAGUGAGGUCUACCAACAAAAAGAGGACUAUACCCAUAAUAGUCCGAACGACCGACAUUAACGACAAUGCACCAGUAUUUUUAGAUACUCCAUACCAAGUUUCGGUUCCCGAGUUGACAACAGUCGGCACAUCUGUGGCAGCUGUGAAAACAGUAGACGCGGAUACCGGCGUCAACGCUUUAGUCGAAUACUUGGUGAUUCCCGGAAACGUGCCGGAAGAAGAACUUCAGAAAGGCAGAGUCAGCGAUGGCGUCAAACACUUUAAAAUGAAAUCUUCCAAUUCUGGCGAAAUAAUACUGCAAAAAGGCUUGGACUUUGAAAAAGUUCAAAAGUACUUCGUAACGAUCCAAGCAACAGACCGAGCUAAGAACCCCGAUGACAGACUUACCUCCACAACAACGCUUACGGUAAUGGUAAAAGAUGAAGACGAUCAGGAUCCGUCGUUCAAUUAUCAAGGAUGUACGGUUCAGGACGGAGCUUGCAUAAAUCCAGAAUACUACACCACCGUUGCAAGUGGUGUAAAUUCUGGAGUCCUUACGAUAAGACCAGAAAAAAUACAAGCUGUAGACAUGGAUUCUUUGAAUUAUCCAAUUGAGUAUUCGUUUAUUGAUGGGACUCCGUCAUUCUACGCCGAAUACUUCACCAUUGAUCCACAAUUUGGUACCGUAAAACAAAUAAAAGCAGUAGAUACUAGUUUAACGAAAAGAUUUUCAAUAACUGUCAAGGCUGAAGAAGAGUCAUCUAAUCACAGAUCAACUACUGCUAAACUAUACAUCGAAGUAAAACCUGUCGAUAUCAAUCCCCCUGUAAUUCAUAGUUCUGCUGUUGACGAAGGAUAUGGAUUUGUAGAAGAAAACUCACCAAUUGGUACAAAAGUUUUAGACAAGAAUGGACAACCGAUCAUUUUAUCUGUCACCGACGACGAUUUGGGACCAAACGACCCUAAAGUAACUUAUGCGUUUGAACUCACAACUAAUUCUUUUAAUGUGGAUUCCGAUGGAUAUGUUUAUGUAAAUGAAGAAAAAUUAGACAGAGACCCGCCGAAUCCCGGAAAAUACCGUUUUCAAAUAGUAGCUAGAGAAGUUAAUGGACAUGCUGGCAGCAUUCCAUACCUAAUGACAGUGUUUUUGAAAGAUGUGAAUGAUAAUCCUCCUAGAAUGCCAAUGUUGUCUCCGAUCACGAUUCAAGCUGGAAAUUCUAGGCGACAACUUGUUCAAAUUAAAGCAGUAGACAACGACGAAGGUCAAAACGCUAAUGUGUCUUAUAGUAUAUAUCAUGUAUCAAAUCAAGGCCACAGUAAGUUCCAUAUUGAUCCAAUAACUGGUUGGAUUGAAACCACUGGUCGAAUGAUGGCUGGUGAUCAAUAUAGUAUUACUGUCCAAGCUUCUGACUCUGGAGGUUUAUACACCCAAAGUAUUGUCGAAAUUGUUGUAAUAGCUGGACCAAAUACUAAAUCCCCAGUAUUUUCACAAUCUUCAUAUGAAGUGACUGUUAGUGAAGGAUCACCAAUUAAUACAACAGUUAUCCCAUUGAAAGCCAUUGAUCCCGAAAAUGACCCCGUCACUUAUACAAUUUUAUCAGGAAAUGACUUAAGGCAAUUUACAAUUGGCGAAAAAAGUGGAAUAGUUAGUGUUAUAAGAAAAUUGGACCGCGAAGAGCUCACUCGUUAUCAAUUGUUAAUCAAAGCACAAGAUGAAGGUGGACUUUCGAGUACAACAACAUUAAACAUCAAGAUUAGUGAUAUAAAUGAUAAGAAUCCGGAAUUUAUUGGUGCCCCAUAUGAGUUCUCGGUGGACGAAGGUUUAGAUGGAGCUCCGGUUGGAAAAGUAGAAGCUGUAGACGGAGACGAAGGAAUAAAUGCAUUGGUUCAUUAUUCGUUGCCAGACGAUUUGCCAUUUUUAAUUGAUGCUAACACUGGACAUAUACGUACUGCUACAGCUUUAGACUACGAAAAAAUUAAUGAAUAUAAAUUUGUGGUCACUGCCAAAGACGGAGCACCAGAUCCACGUAUUGGCACUGCUUCUGUAACUGUUUCAGUCAAAGACGUUGAAGACGAAAUUCCACUAUUUCAUAAAACACUAUACGAAGCAAAAGUACCAGAGAAUUCACCAGAUUUCUUAGUUACUCAAGUGCACGCCGAUGAUCCCGAUACAGUGAAACGAGUUACUUAUGUAAUAAAACAAGGACCUUCAGAUUUAUUUACCAUUGAUCCGAAUACUGGAACGAUUAGAACGCUUAGAGGUUUAGACUACGAGAAAGACAGUCAACAUACCCUAAUUAUUGGAACAUUAGAAAAUUCAAACCAAACACCCGGCGCCACAACGAAAGUAAUUGUAAACGUUGAAGAUCGCAAUGACAUCCCACCAGUGUUUCUAACCAUACCUUCACCAGUAACACUUGAUGAUGAUGUAGCCAUUGGAACUAAAGUCACAACUCUUUUAGCUACUGAUUCGGAUGGAACAUCUCCAGGAAAUAAGGUUCGGUAUGAACUGAGUGGCCGUGGAAAGGCAUUAAAGUAUUUCCACAUAGACCCUGAUCUUGGUGUUUUAUAUGUACGCGGUGAUUUACAAAAAGAACCCGAUAAUGAAUAUCAGGUGGAUGUUAAAGCUUAUGAUUUGGGUGAACCUCAGCUUUCGUCAGUGACUUCAGUAACAAUAUUUGUUCGUCGAGUCACAACUCCAAUACCAGAAUUGGGAAUGGGAUUUUCGGAUGAUUCGUACACUGCUCGAGUUUUAGAAUCUGCUGUUGCUGGCACUUUAGUUAAAGUUCUAACUGUCGUACACCCAAGACCAUCACUACCACUUCCUCUCGUUUGUACAAUAGUUUCUGGAAACUCUGAAGAUGUAUUUACAAUAAACGUCACAACCGAAAAAAAUUGUGAAGUACGUCUGAAGGAAACGAAAUUAGAUCACGAACACGCAGAGAGUUAUCAAUUGAAAAUACGUCUCGACACGCUUGCCGGAGUCGUUAGCCCGACAAAAAGCACUACUAUGUUAAACGUGCAAGUGAUCGACAUAAAUGACAACGUUCCUACGUUUGUGUAUCCGGAAAGCAGCAAACGCUACGCCAAGAACGCAUAUUACGGAGCUGUGGCGGUCGACGAAGAAAUAGGUAGCGCGGUGUUACAGGUGAAAGCGGAGGACUUGGACGGUGGAAAAUUGGGUGACGUGAGAUACGAGUUGGCCGAUGAUGAUGAUCAAAACUCGACAGAAGGACCUUAUUUCGCUAUCGAUCCAAAGACCGGGAUCGUGAAAACCCUGAGGACGUUGGCUGACGUGCUUCCUCGAAACUUACCGUUCCGACUAGUAGUCACGGCGCGCGACAACCCGGGGGCCACGAAUCCUAGCGACUACAACACAGCUCAAGCGCAUGUCGUCAUAAACGUGAUCAAAGACCAACAUCGCUUGGUAAUGGCAAUCGAUGGCGCACGUCCGGACAUUGUUAAGUCGUCGGAAAAUAAACUGAUAGACGUACUAGAAAAACAACUGCAGCUGAUCGUGGGCGGUGAAAAAGUGUUGGCCAAACAGUACAGGAGAAGAGACAACCUCACUUUAGAGACUGAUCCCAGCUCGACCGAUUUCUGGUUUUACGUCGUGGACCCUGCCAGCGAGACAAUUUUAGAACGAAACAACACCAAAGUGGCCAGGUCGAUACUGAACAGAGAUUCCGUCGGAAACAUUACAACGACGAUCGCUGAGAAACUGUCAAUUAUCGCGUCUGAUAUUCAUUUGCCGCUACAACAGCAGAACGUCGUCACUCGGACCCACACCGCGGGCGUGACCAUCCAAUGGACCGUGUUUCCGUACACUCUGAUCCUCAUGGCGGCCCUGAUCCUGGUGUUGGGCAUUGCCGGUAUAAUUUACAUCUGCGUGUCGUGGUCUAGGUACAAGGCGUAUAAGGAGAGGAUGGCCCGGAUGUAUGUGACGCAACGGUAUGACCCAGUGUUCAUCGAGCCGAACAUGAAGGAAUACGAGGUACAGGUGCUCCAAAUGAGCGUACCGAUCGACGACAACGAUAGCUACAACGACUUGCAACUGGACUUUAGCCGCAAAAAUCACACGUUCAGUAUGGACAAUGUCGGAUACAUCACCAAAGAAAACGUCGACAGCAUCGACGGACACAGCCCCGUGAGCUCGGAAGCGGCGACCACGGCCAGGACAUCGAGCAUGGGCCGCGGCAUGGCGAACGGCGGCACCAGCACGUUCGGCCGGACGAACAUGGCGUUCGACCCGGCGGACGACGCCGAGUCAGCGGCCACUGCGGCCGUCGUCAGUCCCACCAACGACAACGUGAUGUUCCGGGAGAAGAAGGAGUUCGGACGUCCCACGAUCCACAACGGCAACGGGCUGACAACGUUCAACAGGAAGGACGUGGAAGUCACCACCGAACUGUGAUCCAACUACCCUGCCCUCUCACCAUAGUCUGUACACUAGCGUAUUUCUUAUAAUACCUAUUACAUCAUAACUCCGGUAGUCGGUAUAACACUGAUAUCAUAUGAAAAUUAAAAAUGCGAUGUUAUUAUCGCGUCUAGUCCCCGCGGUCCCCCUCUCCCCCAAUCAACGACACGAUUUAAAUAGCCCCGUUUCCCCUUAACUGCGGUCACUGUGAUAACAUCGUUUUUGUACAUAUACCUAAAUUAAAUUUAUGUGUAUAUAGAUACUAUGUAUGUAAUAUAUUAUACGUUUUCCCCAACCCCACCCUUUAACUGUGUGCAACGAACUUAGUUUUUAUUUGUAUCUCUAUAUUCGUGUACAAUUUAUUAUCCAUUAUUAUUGUACGAAACGACUUAUUUUGAGCUACGCGUCGAAUCAAAAUCGCUCCCCAACGGCCAUCAUCCUCGAUAUGCAUUUAUAUCGGUAGUAGGUGCAUCAUAUUAAAGGUAUUAUACUAAUUGGUUCUUUUAUUAGAGAUCAAUCAUUAUUUUAAAAAAUAUAGACGUUACAAAACAACAUUUUUAAGUUUUAACUAUUUUGAACGAUAACAUACGUUUUAAUUUCUUGUUCCAUUGAAAAGUAUUUUCCAGGGUAGAUAGUUCAAUGCUUAUAAAUUAAAUUUUUGAUAUAAUAAAAUAUAAUUUAUAAGUACCUAAGACUAAUAAGUCAAUUAUUCAAGAAUUUGAUUCUAAUGUAGGUAUAUUAUCAUUCAAAAAAGUAUAAAAUCUCAACAACAAAAAAUGUAGUUUUGUAACGAUUUAAAUUUAUGUAAAAAAAAAUAUAUAUAUAUAUACAAAUAACUAGGUAAUGAAACGUUUUUGAAAUAAUAAAUGUUCUUGGAUAAAAGAAUCAUACAGUAUAAAAUGUUUAAUAUCAAAAUGACAGGAACGCAGGAUACGAGAUACGUUAACAAUCUGUUAUCAAAAAUCCGAACGGCGUAAAUUUUUAAAUACCUAUUACACAUUUACAUGUCCAAUUUCCGAUUCGAUCAUUUAAAUUAUAUUCACCUACGUGCGAUAAACGGUAAUUUAUAAUAAUACAAAUGAUCGUUAGAUAAGAUCGGAUUCCAAAAUAUGUCGAUCACCGAUUUAAUAAUUUAUACCUGUAGUGUAGCACGAGGAGAGACGAUCAAUUUUUUUUUUAUAAAUCGAAAUGAUUCAAACAUUCUAAUUCUAUACACAUACCGUGUGCCUUACCUAGUGUUGUAUUUUUAUCAUCGUAUCGGGCAUUAAACUAAACGUAACUUUUAUGAACAAUCGUUUUUGAGUGCGAUUGAUAAACAUAAUAUUAAUAUAGUAGGCACUAGGCGCAGUCAGUGUAGUGCCAGCUGUCGUUAUCACUUGUUUCAAAACGUUUAUAUUUUUCAACCACCGACGUGCCGAACACGUGUAGUAGUUCAAAUCUCAAUUAUACACGAAGUGAGCGACUAACGGACACGCGAUUCGGAAAUUCUGCAAAAUCCUUUUUUUGAUAUUUGUACGAAUUACCUACUCUGUUGUUGUAUAUAACUGUGUGACGUUAAAAAUUAGGUAUACUUAUGACGAACUCGUUUACUCGAUUUAGAACAUCUCCGAUUUGAAACAGAGUUCAUCAACAAAACGAGUCGAAAACUUUAAAUGUCGUAGCGAUAAUUGGAAGGGACUAUUGGAACGUGCAAUUUCUAAUAUUAUUAAUUAUUAUUAAUCGUUGUUUUAUACGUAGCCACCUAUAUAUAUAUAUAUGUAUUAUUACUACCUAUACUGAUAGGUACCUAUUUUUAAUUCUCUGCAGUUUUCUUCUCGUAAUCAUGUGUUUUGUACUUUUGUAAUUAACUAUAUUUAUUUUUGUAUAGAACUAUAAACUUACCAUACAAUAUUCUUGCGUUGUGAAACCGUAACGACUUGUAUUCGAAACUUACUUGUAUUGUAAUGAUUAAUUCACCGAAAACGUACGCUUUUCAUAUAGGUAUUAUAAUACUAUUGAAUAAGUUGUAGGUACUGAACUAAUUAAUGACGACUGUUUAGUUAAGCAUUUAUAGAUACUUUUGAUUUAAAUUCCAUUAACUUUAACCGGGUGCGUUCGGUGUUCAACUAAAUUAAAAACUAAGAUGGAAUAAAAACCAUCAGAUUGUUUAUACCACGUUUGUGAUUUGUUCAUAAUGAUCAACCACAGUUAGUAGGCAAAUACUCUGUAACCGCAUGUAAAUAAAUAAAAUCUUUUUUAAUUAUAUUAAUUAUCUAGCGAUUCAAACGUGAUACUCAGCUGAUAGAACUCAGUUUCAGUAUGUUCUAAAAAUACAAAGCUUGGUUUUAGGGUAUUAAUUGUACGUUACCUAAUAUAUUGACAAGUUAAUUUCAUACUUUAAGCAUACAUGAACGCAGCCAGUAGCCACAAUAAUUCCAAUCAAAUUAUUCAUAAUCAUAAAUAUUUUUUUUUAAAUAUAAAUGUAAUGUCAGUAAAAUCAUAGAUUAAAUAUACUAGUACCUAUAUUUAAUACAUGGUAAAAUGUACUUACGUGUGCAUAAUUUGUAUUAUUAGUGAUUUGCUCAUAAUAUAUAAGAUAUUUCAGUUUGCCUAAUAAUAUUAUUAAAAUAGGUAACAAAUUGCCAUAUUUAAUUGUAAAGGCAAACGUUCAACGUUUUCCUCAAGCUCAAAUUGUGUGUAAUAAUUUAUUACUAAAAUUAGUAAAAAUAUGGUAAAAUAAGGACCAUUUUAUAGUGUAAUAUAGUAAUAUAACAAUGUGUAUAAUAUUAUGUAGUUUUGAUAAUUACGUUCUUGAUUUAUUAUAUUUUUUAUACGAUUAUUUCAAUUUUGUGUACAUUUAGUAAAAAUAAAUGUUUGAUAUUUAUGUGUAUAA